AUGGCGACUCGCCACCUCCUCAACCUCACGCGCCGCUCCCGAAACCCCUCACGGCCUCUCUCUCCACCAUACCUAACCCAAACCUCCCGAUCCGCUUCACAAUCUCUCGCUCAAACUCAUGAAUCCACACCUCCAGCAUCCCCACCUCCCAAAGACUUCAUGAUCUAUGACCGCCUAGCCGAAGGCGUCAAAUCAAGGCUCAAACGCCUCGAAAACCCCGACCCCAGGUUCCUCCGAUACGCCUCACCAUACCCAACCCUAACCACCCACACCGGAAUUCUCUCCGCGCCUGAGACUAAAGUCACGACUCUCCCCAACGGCCUCCGAGUUGCCACAGAGUCAAACCUCGCUUCCAAAACCGCCACCGUCGGAGUGUGGAUCGACGCAGGGUCGAGGUUCGAGACCGAUGAGACUAACGGCGUUGCGCAUUUCUUGGAGCAUAUGAUUUUCAAGGGGACUGCGUCGAGGAAUGUUAGGGCUUUGGAGGAGGAGAUUGAGAACAUGGGAGGGCAUUUGAAUGCGUACACUUCGAGAGAGCAGACCACAUAUUACGCUAAGGUAAUGGACAAGGAUGUGCCCAAGUCGCUUGAUAUUCUGGCGGACAUAUUGCAGAAUUCUGCGUUUGAGGAUGGUCGGAUUGAUCGCGAGCGCGGUGUGAUUCUUCAGGAGAUGGAAGCGUCCCGUCCACUCCCCCACCCUCUCUCUCUACUCAAACUUUGCAAGUACAUCAUCAAAUCCAAACCUUUGAAUCUAUCACAACCACCGUCCAUGGCGACUCGCCACCUCCUCAACCUCACGCGCCGCUCCCGAAACCCCUCACGGCCUCUCUCUCCACCAUACCUAACCCAAACCUCCCGAUCCGCUUCACAAUCUCUCGCUCAAACUCAUGAAUCCACACCUCCAGCAUCCCCACCUCCCAAAGACUUCAUGAUCUAUGACCGCCUAGCCGAAGGCGUCAAAUCAAGGCUCAAACGCCUCGAAAACCCCGACCCCAGGUUCCUCCGAUACGCCUCACCAUACCCAACCCUAACCACCCACACCGGAAUUCUCUCCGCGCCUGAGACUAAAGUCACGACUCUCCCCAACGGCCUCCGAGUUGCCACAGAGUCAAACCUCGCUUCCAAAACCGCCACCGUCGGAGUGUGGAUCGACGCAGGGUCGAGGUUCGAGACCGAUGAGACUAACGGCGUUGCGCAUUUCUUGGAGCAUAUGAUUUUCAAGGGGACUGCGUCGAGGAAUGUUAGGGCUUUGGAGGAGGAGAUUGAGAACAUGGGAGGGCAUUUGAAUGCGUACACUUCGAGAGAGCAGACCACAUAUUACGCUAAGGUAAUGGACAAGGAUGUGCCCAAGUCGCUUGAUAUUCUGGCGGACAUAUUGCAGAAUUCUGCGUUUGAGGAUGGUCGGAUUGAUCGCGAGCGCGGUGUGAUUCUUCAGGAGAUGGAAGCGGUAAUGUUUGUUGUCAGAUUUAAUGUUAUUUUGAAAAAAUUAGUAUGA